ACAAAACGUAGUUUGAUUGUAAUUGGGUUUCGUUCUUCCACUUUGGACUUUCGUGGAAAACAUUUUCAUGUAGAAAGCAACCGUCGGGGACUAAACGGUGUUGACAUAAUAAAGCAGAGAAAUUUCAAUUUCACACCCAGCACAGAAUUUUCCCUCUGAAGCUUGACUUGAAACCAAGUCAAGGCACCAAUAAAAUGGCAAUGAGUGAAACGCAAAGUUUAUUUCUUUUCUUCUUCCCUUUCUCUCCUCCAUUUUCUGUUGAUUGCAGAGAGGAUUUGACAUAAAUGGCACUGGAGCUCAUACCCAUAGGAACAAUAUUGGCUGUGCUAACAAACCAGGUCCUGAAAACAGCUCAGGCUGCAAAGGAUGUUGUAUUUGAGAAGGAAAGUUUCAAGGUUCUGUCGAAGCAUCUAUUUGAUAUUGAACCUGUGUUGAAAGAAUUGCAGCUUCAAAAAUUGAAUGAUUCUCAAGCUGCUAGGCUAGCACUUGAAACACUUGAAGCAGAUGUUAAGAAGGCAAAUAACUUGGUGGAGAGAUAUAAAAAUCGAGCACGUUUCUACUUACUGGUGAAGUGCCGGCACAUUGUUAAUGAGGUACAAGAAGUCACAAGGGAUAUUGGAAGGUCUUUGGCUGCACUAUCUCUUGCAAAUACUGAAGUUCUAGCAGGGAUAUCCGACCAGUUGGCUAGGCUGCAAAAUGAAAUGCAAAGGGUUGAAUUUGAAGCAUCAUAUUCUCAGCUCCAAAUUGUUGACAAGUUAAACCAAGGUCUUCGUGAUCAAAAACUUGAUCAGGGUUUUGCAAAUGACAUGCUUGAAGAAAUUGCCCGUGCUGUUGGGGUACCGGUAGAACCUUCAGAAAUAAGCAAAGAGCUAGCAAGCUUUAGGAAGGAAAAAGAAGAAGCUGCAAACCGGAAAGAAAGAGCUGAGGUUCUCUUCUUGGAGCAGGUUAUUGAGUUGCUUUCCCGAGCUGAUGCUGCCAGGGAUUUUGAAGAAGUCAAAAAGCAAUACUUUCAAAGGGUUCAAGUUAUAGAGCGGUACGAUGAGGAGGAGGAACAUAUAGCUCCUCUUACUCCUUUUCUUUGUUGUAUAAAUGGCUCUGUGAUGAAUGAUCCUGUUAGCCUUUGCACUGGCACUACAUGUGAGAGAGCUGCCAUUGAAGCUUGGUUUGACUGUGGAGAGAUAACUGACCCAGAAACUGGUCAGAUUCUUGAGGACAGAACUUUGAGGUCAAACCUUCCUCUUAGACAAUCAAUAGAGGAAUGGAGAGAACUGAAUUAUUGUCUUAGAAUCAGAGCUUGUAAGGCAAAGUUGUUGUCACAUGUGGACUCCUCUGUGGAAGAGGCUUUAAGCCAAAUGCAGGAUCUUGUUAGAGAAAAUUCUAUAAACAAGGAAUGGGUCUCUAUAGGAGGCCUAACAGAUAUUGUCAUAUCUAUCCUUGGGAAUUCCCAUAACAAAAAUGUAAAGAGGAAGAUUUUAGUUACUUUAAAGGAUUUUGUUGAAGGACAUGCAAGGAAUAAGGAAAAAUUGGUCAAUUGUGAGGGGCUAGAUCACAUUAUUCCCUGCUUGGUGCGUGACUCAAGCAUCUCCAAGGCUGCAGUGGAAUUGUUAUUUGAGUUGUUGCAAGAGAGGUCUGGCUGGAACGUAUCUGUUUGCAGGAAACUUUCUCAACAGUGCAGUUCAAUUCUUUAUCUCGUCACCCUUUUGAAUGGUCCAGUCAGGGAAUCAGCAAUCUAUGCAGAAAAAAUUUUAAAUAAACUUUUUGAAGUUGAUGAGGAGAAUAUUUCCUGUGCUGCAAAAUCAGGCUGGUAUAAGCCACUUGUUGAUCGGAUUAUACAAGGGUCAGAAUCUUCAAGAAUAUCAAUGGUCAGAGCUAUAGUUAAUAUGGAAUUGGUUGAUUCAAAUUUGAAGUUACUUGGUGAGGAUGGGAUAGUACCUCCUUUGCUUGAAAUGGUGGAAUCUGGCAAUAUUGAAUCAAAAGAGUUGUCUUUGUCUGCCUUGGUUAAACUAUCUGAUUGCAAUGCCAAUAAAGAGCUUAUUGCUGCUGCUGGUGGGCUUCCGCUUGUUUUAAAACUAAUGUUCUCUCCCCAUAUACGAACAAUUAUUAUUGCUAAAUGUGCAGAAAUCUUUGAGAAAUUUUCUUCUCAUGAUGAUGGAAUUAAAUUCCUUGUUGAUGAAAACGGGACCCAGCUUGAUCUAGAACCAAUUAUCACCAAUUUGUUAGCUUUGCAACAGGUUCCAAGUUCAUCCCAUAAUGUUCGGAGGCCUGCUUUACGUGCACUUCUAGGUAUAUGCCAACUUGAUUCAGGGUUGGUUAAGAUUGCUGUUCUUACUGCCAAUGGUGUAUCAUUGAUACUUCCUCUUCUUGAUGGUACGGACUCUGAAAUUCGUGAAAUUGCCAUUAACCUUCUCUUCCUGUUCUCUCAUCAUGAACCACAGGGAGUCGUGGAAUACUUGCUUAAGCCAAAAAGGCUCGAGGCUUUGGUGGGAUUUCUUGAGAAUGAUUUUAAGAGUGAUGUACAGAAGGCUGCUGCUGGUUUAUUAGCCAAUCUCCCGAAAUCUGAGAAAACACUAACCACGAAGCUAAUUGAAUUGAAUGGGCUAAAUGCGCUUAUAAAAAUGUUACAAACAGGUACAAUGGAAGCAAAAGAAAAUGCUCUUGGUGCACUCUUCAGGUUCACUGAUCCCACAGAUCUCGAGUUUCAACGGAUUGUAGUUGACCGAGGAGCUUACCCUUUGCUUGUAAAUUUGCUCAGAACUGGUUCCAUUACAGCAAAAGCGAGAGCAGCAGCACUUAUUGGUGAUCUUUCGAUGAGCAGUCGGAAAUUAGUUGUUGUGCCCAAACCAACUGGCUGCUGGUAUUAUCAGCCAACACGUCGUCAUGUAUGCCCAGCGCAUGCCGGCAUCUGCAGUGUCAAAUCUACAUUUUGUCUAAUGGAGGCAAAUGCUUUGCCAUUCUUGGUAGAACUCCUACAUGGAGAAGUUAAUGCAACUGCUCAUGAAGCGAUUCAGACACUCUCCACGCUUGUUCAAGAAGGGUCUCCAGACAGAGGAGCCAACAUGUUGCAUGAAGCCAAUGCUAUAAAACCUGUACUGGAUAUUUUAAGUUGGGGAGCAGAUUCUCUUAAAGAAGAGGCUUUGGGAUUCUUGGAGAAGGUCUUUUUGUCAAGGGAAAUGGUGGAAUACUAUAAAUCAACAGCUAGGCCGCUUCUUGUUAGUCUAACUGGGAGGAACGUUCACGAGGAAAGUCGAAUUGGGAGGAAAGCUGCAAAAGUUUUAUCACUCCUCGAACGAUAUUCAAGAUCAUCAACAUCUCUUUUGCCAGGACUAUUUGGGUGAAAAGAUCUGCAGCCAAGUCUGAACUGAUCUCUACUCAUCAUAAUUCAAGAGUGCUUUGUAAAUAAAUGCUGAAGUCUUUGUUUACUUAAUACAUCAGUUAUAUUACUUGGGAUCUGAUACGGCUAAUAAUGUUGUGUAUCAUCGCUGUUACCUUUUCCUAUCCCAUUUUUUAUUACAUUAACCUGUACAGAAUACAAGCCUAUCAAGUAUUGGCUGCAUCUAUUUUUUAGAAAUCUCUGUUUUUUUAUUUUUA